ACUGUGACGCGCUUUGCUGAUAUGCUGCUGAAGGCAGUAAAAGGGACUCGGUUCGACACUCAGAAGCUCGCCGUCACACUCAAACUUUAUUGUUCAGAGCAGUUUGUCAGCAUGUCAUUGGGUCAAAGCCCACGCAGAAUCCCAGCCACGGUUCUGGGCUCCAUGGCGUUCGGGGGGCGCGCGGACGCGGACACGAGCGCGAAGAUGGUGAGGGUGUUUUUGGAGCGCGGGCACAGCGAGCUGGACAGCGCGUUCAUGUACACAGACGGGGAGGCGGAGACUCUGAUCGGGGCGAUGCAGCUUCCUCCGGCGGUUCGAAUUUCCACCAAAGCGAACCCCUGGGAUGGUAAGACGCUGAAGCCGGAGAGCGUGCGCUCUCAACUGGAGACGUCGCUCAAGAGGCUGCGCGCUCAAAGCAUCGACAUUUUCUACUUACAUGCUCCAGACCAUGAGAAUCCUAUCCUGGACACGCUGAGAACCUGCAAUGAGCUGUACAAAGAGGGAAAGUUUAAAGAGUUCGGCUUAUCCAACUACGCCUCGUGGGAAGUAGCUGAAAUCCACUCCAUCUGCAAACACAACAGCUGGGUCCUUCCCACCGUCUACCAGGGCAUGUACAACGCUAUCACGCGACAAGUGGAGACGGAACUGCUGCCAUGUCUGCGACACUUCGGUAUGCGUUUCUAUGCAUACAAUCCCCUGGCAGGAGGCCUGCUUACCGGAAAAUACCAGUACGAGGAUAAAGAUGGUGCUGAGCCUUCAGGACGCUUCUUUGGAAAUACAUGGGCUGCUGUUUACAGAGACAGGUAUUGGAAAAGGAGCCAUUUCGACGCUAUAGAAGGAGUCCUGAAGGGCCUCGACACGGCGUAUGGUGCUGAGAAGCCGAGCUUAACUUCAGCCGCUAUACGCUGGAUGUAUCAUCACUCUCAGCUCAAGGGUGAACGUGGAGAUGCCGUGAUCAUCGGGAUGUCCACCAUGGAGCAGCUCCUGGUGAAUUUAGCAGCAACUGAAGAAGGUCCUCUAAAGCAGGAAGUGGUGGACGCUUUUAACCGUGGCUGGGAUUUAGUGACUCACGAAUGUCCUAACUACUUCCGCUAGAGAUGUGACGGACCUGAGGGGAAACUGCAGACACCUCGAGUUACACCUGUAAACGAGGACCAUCUACUAUAACCUUAUUAAUCCCUGAGCUAUAUUCUAUAAAAAGGAGUUAUAAUCUACAGGGACUUGACCAGAAAUGCCUUUGAUUCUAUUCAUGUUUAAUAAUUCAAGCUGAAUUUGGAAUUUUUUGUAAUUUAGCACUUAUUUUUGAUGUCACUGGUAAACAAUUUGUUUUUUUUUUAUUUUUUAAAUAUAAAGAUUAAACAUGUAAUCCCAUCUCAGCACACCUAAAGUAAGUAAACUGUCAUCUUGUCAUGUAGUAUAUUAUUUGGGACGUUGAAAGGCUCGAACAACUGUAUGGAUCAGUCGUAUAAAACAUUUGGGUCAGGAAUUACAUAACACGCUGAAUAAAAAUUUGCACAAA